CCAUUGGCGAGCAGGACUGUCAGUCCGCGUGGCUGGAGUUAGGCGGCUGAGGCGGCGGUGGCGGCGGCUUUGCGGGCGAUGUGGGAGCGGAGCCUGCUGCUGUCCGCCCCGGGGAAGGUGAUCCUCCAUGGGGAGCACGCCGUGGUGCACGGCAAGGUGGCCUUGGCCGUGGCGCUGGACCUGAGGACCUUCCUCCGCCUGCGGCCCUGCGGUGAGGGCCGGGUCCGCGUCCGCCUGCCCGGCGUCGGCGUCGUGAGGAGCUGGGAGACCCCCCGCCUGCAGGCCCUGCGGAGGGGGUUUGCAGCUGACUUUGAUGAAUCUAAGUCCCCCAGCGUAGAACAGCUGGAUACACUGAAAGAGUUUGCUGGAAUCGCUGCUGGAGCCUCAGCUCCCGAGAGCCUUGCUACUCUUGCCUUUCUUUAUAUGUGCCUGGCUAUUUCAGCUAAGUAUGGAGAUGUUCCGAGCGUGGACAUACUGGUGUGGUCUGAGCUGCCCACGGGAGCUGGGCUGGGUUCAAGUGCCGCCUAUGCUGUUUGCUUGGCAGCGGCCCUGCUGACAGUGUGCGGAGCCAUCUCGUGCCCUCUGAAGGAGGGAGAGUCCACAGCCAGGUGGACAGAAGAAGAGCUGACUUUGAUUAACAGCUGGGCCUUCCAAGGGGAACGGGUGAUCCAUGGCAAUCCGUCGGGUGUGGAUAAUGCUGUUGGUACCUGGGGUGGAGCCCUGAGAUACCAAUCAGGAAAAAUCACACCAUUAAAGAGGGUGCCGAUGCUGAAGAUCUUGCUGACCAACACAAAAGUCCCUCGAAGCACCAAGGUCCUGGUGGCUGGUGCUAAGCAGAAGAUCCUGAAGUUCCCUGCCAUAAUGAACCCGGUGCUGGACUCCAUUGAUGCAAUUUCUCAGGAGUGCCAAAGUGUUCUGGAAGCGAUGCCUGAAAAUCCAUCACCAGAGUAUUACCCUGUGCUGGAGGAACUCUUUGAUAUAAACCAACACCACUUAAACGUGAUUGGAGCUGGCCAUCCCUCCCUGGAUAGGCUGUGCCGGGUGACGGCAUCCCACGGCCUGCACAGCAAGCUGACUGGAGCUGGCGGGGGCGGCUGUGGCAUCACCCUGCUGAGACCAGACACCUCCCCGCUGACCGUGGAAGCAGCCAAGCGAGACUUAUGUGCCUGUGGAUUUGAAUGCUGGGAGACCAAUAUCGGGGCCCCCGGAGUGACCCUGCACUCCUCCUCGUCUUUAAACGCCAAAGUGCUGCACGCGCUCUUGGAGAGUUAAGCUUCUGCCUCUGGCCAGACUGAGCUUUUGGCACCAUAUCCUCGGAGCGAUAAGUUUUAUGUGCCCUGAUGCCUGGAAACUUCUCUCCUGCUCUCCUGUGUUGCUGAGGGCAUCUAGAUGUGGGUGCAGAGCCAGUUUCGGGCCUGGUUGUCGCUGGGAAUGCGGGCUGCCAUGAGCACCCGGCAGCAACUGCUUGCACUUGGGCUAGGUGCAAGUUUGACCUAGUCUCUGAAAAUCCUGUUUUGAAUUUACUUACUCAACUGCUGUGCUAAUCCCAAGGGGCAGGAAGAGAGGGUCUUGGCUGGAUUCCAACAUGGAUAACGACACUUUGCUUGGUUCUGCUGCUUCAGAUGCAUGCGGUGUCUCUUCCCUUCUCCCCUGGCGUCCUGCAAGGGUGGGCAGUGGAGGCUGGCAAGGUGGAUGUGCAGAGCGCUUUGACGUUUUUGGGUGAAAAGCGUCUUGGCAGCUCAGGGCUUGACACUCAGGUCUCCAUUUCUCCUGGACUGCAAUUCACAGUGGAAAGGAAACUUUAAAUACUCUUAAAUAGCUCUUACCUGCUACUAAUUGAAUUAGAUAAUUAAUAUGGAAGAUACAGCACAAUUCUAGUGAUAUUACCAGUUUUCACUUUCCCAUGAUCUCUGCCUGGGCUGAUAAGUAGGGUCCUACUCAUGUUUAAGGUCUGGUUCAAACAGGUACUGUCACCUGCAAGGAGAGUGGCUGAAGGCAAGGGCAGUCUUAAAAUUUUCUCUUUGCAAUAGCUGUUCUGGGAUCUCUCACGCUUUGGUCUUAAACGAGCAUGCCCUUCAUGCUGCCUGUUGUUGGGUACUUAAACUGUGCCAGGGUGGGGGGAGACUGGGGAUGGAGAGGGGUCAGUGACAGAGCAAACACAAAUUUGUUUUAGUCUGAAGUAAUUGUUUUUAAGUAGAAAAAAAAAAAAAAAACAACCCACCACCUUCUGAAAAGCUGACCAUAACUUGCAAUUGGCAAACUACAAAACCUAAAUGCAUUUAAACUUAUUAGCAAAUGUAAAUGCAUUUUUUUACCUCUGAAAUUUUAAUGAGUUGUACUAUGGAACUAAAGGAAAUUGGCAGGUAAGUCUCUGAAGCCAGAGUAUCUUGAAGUAAUAAGCUGACUCUUAGUGACUGUGGCCUCUUCUAUAGCUUCCAAAGAGAUUUUAUCAUUGUUCUGUUUGUCUGGUUUUGUUGUUUUUGUUUUUUUUUUUUAAGUGUAGCUCUGUUCAAGAAUUGCUUCAUUCAAAGCUGAGUAAUACAUUGGCAGAGGUGGGUGGGAGCUUGCAUUCCUCUUCCAGUACAGAAAUAAAAAAAAAUCAAAUGCAAGAAGUUGAGAUGUACUAGCUGUAAAAUCCUGGCAUUGUGAUGACCAGCUUUAGUUCACUGAUCAGACAUAAAACUGUCUCUGGUUUUAAUAAAUUGAUGUUUUUUACGUGCAAAGUGUUCUUUGAUAAUUAUGCUGGAUACAAAAGGAAAAAAAGUACCUUACACUGCUUCAAUAAAAACAGGUUUCAGAU